AUGACCAACGAGCCAAGAACACCCUCUCCCAGUGGAGGGGCAUGGAAAGAGCUGCGGUACGGAUUCGUUAAGGCCGUCGCAGCGAGUUUAGUGCUCCUGCAGCUCCUUUUUCUAGGAAACAUGUGUUACUUGUACGCAACGCAAUUCAACAACUCUGCUCGUGUUCAUAGUAUGAAGUUGCUCUAUGUCGAUUACGACGGCGGAGUCAUUGGUGACUCUGUGACAGAGGCAUACCAGUCGUUGAAAGGGGACUCCUUUCCAACUAUGGAUACGAAGCCCAUUGGUCAAUAUUCUACUCCAGAAGAUGUCAGGGGCGCUGUCUGCAGUGGUGAUUACUGGGGCGCUAUAUACAGCACGCCAAAUGCAUCAACCAGCCUCGAGACCACACUCAUGAAUGGCACCGCUUCCUCAACUGCCGCUUUGACCUAUAUUUGGAAUGGCGCGCGAUAUCCCGCUAUUUCCCAAAGCGAGAUUUAUUCAAACAUUCUAACCCUAGUGCAAGGCGCACGUGGGAGUUACUAUACCAGCAGCGCAUCCAAAAUACUCGAUUCAGCCAAUCUAUCUAAUACUGUCGCACUUGAAAAACUUCUCGAUCCCAUACAAGCUGCCGAGAUUGAUAUCAAGACAACAAAUCAAGGCACAAGAGUUCUUUACAACACUGUUUCCCUCGUCAUGCCAAUCAUUCAGCAGUUCUUCUUCAUGAUGGCUCUCAACGGAAUAUCCUCCCAGUUCCACCUCCUCACAAAGCUGGGGGUUGUGGCAAAUGGACUCAUUCGAAUGGUCACAUCCCUUGUUUAUACCUUUAUUGGUGCGCUGUGUAUGGCUGGCUACAUUUGGGGUUUCAAAGAAUCCUGGGCGGUGAAUGGCAAUCAGUUCGUUCUUACAUGGAUGAUUGUUUGGCUUUAUAUGCAUAUCAACUUUUUAAUUGUGGAUACCCUCACUGCUUUCAUACCGAUGCAAUUUUUACCCUUCUGCAUCCUUACCUGGGUCAUCUUCAAUGUUGCAAGUACAAUCAGUCCCUUUGAAUUGAAUCCUGGUUUCUUUCGCUGGGGCUAUGCACUUCCUGGCCAUGAGGUGUAUCAAGUGCUCAUUCAAAUAUGGAGCGACGGAUGCCAAGAUCAAUCCUAUCUGGCGCUUCCAAUUCUGUUUGCAUGGUGGAUCUUGGGGCUGGUGGCUGUGAUAUACGCCAAUUAUCACCGGUGUCAAGUGGCAUUGAAGGCUCAAAGUGAACUGGAAGCAGCGAAGAACGACCUAAAGGCGUCAUCCAGCACUGAUGACAUCUUAGAGCGCGAGAGACGUUAUACCGGCGACUCAAUUCGUCUCGAGCGUGUUUACGGCCCCAGCUACCCUACCCCAGGCGUACAUGGCGCCGCUUGA